UAUUUUAUCUUACGUGAGUAGGACAAAGUAAUGAUGUACAAAAUUCCAUAUGUUCUAACAGUGAGCACAAUCUAAAAUAUCUUCAUAUUAAAUUGUAAUCCUGUUGACUGGUUGACGUUGAGUCGGAUUCGUUGAGUGUUUACAGAUCUCAUUGACCGAUGGAUAGUUGAAAAAGAAAAAAAUGCAAGAAUACAAGCAAAUUUAACAUAUUCCAUUUUAUGAACUUAAAGAAGCUUUUAAAGAUGUGGAAAGGCUGGAGUAAAGACAACAUAUUGGUACAGGAUACGUAGAAUGUCAAGCAUUGGAUCGACCCUAAAUGACAGUAAAAACUAUCUGUUGGUGUGUUGAUUGGAAUGUGAUGGAAGAAUCCAAGUCUCACUUUCUCACUGGUCAAUAAGCACUGACCAGCAUCUGACAUGAAGACAUACUGAAGAGCAACCAUCCAGUGUUAGACGAAGCAUGAUUUCCAAGAGCCAACUGCUAGUGACAUGGGCAGGCCUCUUGAUAUCUGCAUGGCCCUUAGACAUGGUGGUGGAAAGUUUUGUACAGAGACUUCCUCCUAAGUCACUCCUGAGAGCCACAGACACAGUUGUUCAUGGACUGAUUGGAGGCUUUUCUUACUUGAUGGCUUGCAUCAUCUGUCCUGACCUGGUGCUACAUAUAUUCAGGUGUCUUCCUUUCCUUCGAUUUGGUUCUGGAACUAAUAAACAUGAAGCACUUGAUACACUCUUCAGUUUCUGUGUUGCCUUCAUGAUCUCCUGUUGUGUUGAUUUGGAUCACAUCAUUAUGGAUGUGAUGCAAAUUAAAAGAAUGCCGUUCCAAAGAGGAUGGUUCCACCUUUCCUUAUUUCCACUAGGUUUGACCAUUAUUUUCUAUUUAUCAGCACUUCCAUUUCACUCACAAUAUUGUGUAAUAAGUGCUACACUUUCCAUAUUAUGCAUCUUGAGCCAUCACAUACGAGAUGGAGUACAUCAUGGAUUAGAUUUUUAUCCUUUCGGAACCACUCCAGUACUACCAUAUUGGCUUUACAUUAUUCUUACUCUCACUUUACCAAUAUCAAGCAGUUAUCUAUCAUCGUCUCUUAUCCGACAAUUGAAACCUUCACUUGAUUCACUAACUCAGAGUAGUAUGCAUAUGGUUUGAAUUCUGAAUCAUGUCAUUAUAUUUAAAAGUAGGUGCCAGGGCCAACCCAAGGGACUUGAUAACAGCUCUUUAAACUACACACAGUGAUGAAUGUACGUAAUAACCAUCAUGAAACAGUAGUGUACAUACUAAUUUAAUUGUAGCUAAAUUCCUUUUUAUUUGAGUUUGCUGUGAUCACAUUCAUUCUCUUGUGAAACUGUCAGCCGCUGCUCUGUAAUCUGUAAUGUAGAAUAUAACUUCUUUUUUAUAUGAUAGGGAACAAAAAACUGUGAUAAAAAGAAAAAAAAAAAAAAAAAGUUAAAUAGGUAGUAACCAGAAGGGGACUCCAAGGAUGGUAAAGGAGCCAUCUGACUGUUGAGUGAUUGAAAACUAAGUUGCGGCAAACCAAAAAUGAUGAUUGGUUAUUCAUUGAAAUAAGCCCCACAGUAAUUUGAAUGUUAUUAUAUUAGCAACUUGCUCCUCUUCUUUAACAAAAAUUACUAAGGAUUACCAUAUCUAAACUGUCCCCAUUCAUGCAAAAUUUCUAAUAUGUACUACACCUUAAUCUCUAUCCCAGUUUCAUUGGUAAGAACAGCUUCAUUAUCUCUGUUAGCUGCCUGCCUGUUUGAAGCCUUUCAACAAAAUAACUACCUAAGAAGGAAAUUAAAUAGGCUUUCCAUCAUCUUAAUGAAAAAAAGCAAAAAGCACAAACUUAACUGCUAGGUUUUCAAGAUUCUAGCUUUAUUUUGGGAGGAAAUAUAAAAAGAAGAGAAGUUUAACUUGAAAGCUUUUCAGUUGUUCAAAUUUCCAUCCUUUUUCAAAUGUUAAGUCUGAUUACUUUUGUGAGAGCUUAGUGUGUCCAGUAUAUGGUGAAUUAAUGUCUACUGUAGCUUAUGCUUCUUAUCAGAAACUAAACAAUAUCCUGGUUUUAAUUUGAUGUCAUCAUGUUAAUGUUUUGUUUUGUAUAUCAUUUGUUACUAAACUUCAUUAUUUCUAUGGACUCAUCAUUCCAUGACUCUAAUGAUAUUGUUGUGAAAAAGAGAGAGAGAGAGAGAGAGAGAGAGAGAGAGAGAGAGAGAGAGAGAGAGAGAGAGAGAGAGAGAGAGAGAGAGAGAGAGAGAGAGAGAGAGAGAGAGAGAGAGACUGAGACUGACUGACUGACCUUGAUAGUGGCCAAUGAUGCAAUGCUCUUUCUCUCACUAAGAUAACUUAACACAUACACACACACAGUGGAGUAUUGAAUUAUUUAUAAGACAAAGAGAGGAGAAAUGAGAGUGAUAUGAAAGUGAUGGUGUUUUGCAAGAGUGGUGUAUAUGGAUUAUGGACAUCAGUUGUCAUUCCCCUUGAGAAAGUUCAAAGAAUUAAGUGCCACAGUAAUUUAAUUAAGAAUAAUUGUAUUGUCCAUUUCCAUGCUUUUUCCUUAAUUUGUAUUUAAUGCACUUAUUUACUAAUGUAUUUCUUUAUCUAAGUUGUAUCUGCAUGAAUAAACAGCAAAAUUAAAUUUGCUAUACUGAAUACAAAGCUGCAUUUGAAAACUUAUUACAAGAAAAUAACUAGAAAGGAAAGAUAUAUACAGUGCUCACCAUAAACAUUGUUGCACCCCUCUCCCACGUUGUGCCAGGUAAUAUAAACAUGUACUGCAUCCAAAGAAAUUUAUUAAACUUACAACUAAUACUUUGUUGGCUUCCCUUGAUGUCUCCUGCACUCUUCCAAACAAGCUAGAAAGUUAUCUGCCAGCACCAUGAGAUAGGAGCAAAUAUGUUCUAAAGGUGGUGAAGCACAGCUUGGAGUUUGGCUACAGUUGAACAGUCAUGGCUGCGUAACUCCCAUUUUAUUAUUGCCCACAAAUUUCCUAUUGGUUUCAGAGCCAGGGAAUUAGCUGGCCAGUCUUGAAGAAUGGCACACAGCAGUCUCUCAGCUACUGCUUCACUGACUUCGCAGUACAGCACAGUGCACCGUCCUGCGCGAAGGUGGAGGCCUGACACAUCUUGAAAGACCCCAGUAGAAGCUCGAGGUAGUUCCCCCAAUUCAUUGUGGUGUUUCUGGGUAACACCACGAGGCUCCCCACCCCGUGGUAGGAAAAGCAUCCCCACACCAUUAACAAAUCAGUGAAUCUUAUGGCAGAAGCAGUGUAGCAGUGGUCAUGGGGGUCGCUGCCUCACACGCGACCUUAACUGCUGGCUGUUCCUAUGAAUCUUGACUCGUCACUCCACAGCACGCCACACCACUGUUUGAUGGUCCAGUCUUUCAUCCUCUCACAAAGUGCAAGCCUCUUCUCUCGCUGGGGCACAGCCACAAUAACCUCAGGCUUGGGCCACGCCGCAUAGCUCAAGUACUGAAGGUCGUUGUCGAUGAGGUGCAAUAAUGUCCUCCGACACAUUACUCAGCAAUCCCAAGAUGUUUUCCCUGAUUUUCCUGGCAGAAAGUCAUAGAUUGCAUUCAACUUCAAGGUGUACCACUCUCAGGGUUUGGAGAGAAGUUUUGCGGGUGUUUCCUGGUGGUUUCUUCUUGGCGAGUAUGCUGUUAUAACCGAGUUCAGCCAUACGCUUCACAUAUCAUUAAACUUGAUGGACAAUGACACCUGUCUGGUCAGAGAUAGCCUUUGUGGAGUGACCAUCCUUGUGGAGAGCUGAGAUGGCUGUGAUGUCAUCCCAUGGCAAGAUCUGGUAGCAAACCAUUGUCCAAGAAAACAACUAAAUAGCAGAGUAACUGCAAGCCAGUCUGGGGGGUAACACGGGAGGCCAGUAACAGAAUGCUCACCAGUGAGAGUGAUUGAGAGGCGCUGAUCACUUCUCGCCAUUGCAAAUUGCCCGAUACCCAGGCUGAGAUGCCAGAUGUAUAAUGAUUAAAUCUAAAGCACCUGAUGCCCACCAAGGAAAUCGCACACAUUUUGAUCCCUCAAGCAAUUGCCAUGGUCUCUGGCAACAAUGUUUAUGACAAGCACUGUAUAUGAAUUAGCUACCUAGAAUUAAUUAAUUCAAGAAAAUUAUGUGAAUUAUAAAUCAUGCAUCUAUGUCAGUACACUAUGUAAUUCAAAAUGUGUAGUAUGAAAGUACAAAAAAUAUAUUUACUAACAGAUUUA